CAACGCCACACUUGUACAAACUGCGCAGCUCAACUAGCAUGAACUAGUUUAUAUGUGUACAACCUUCAGAAUCGAUGAAAACGAGAGCAAAAAUAUUAUCUGGGAACUCUACCGGUCUUCAUUUUCGUAAAAACAACCCAUCGAAGUACGUGAAGAAUGAAGUGAAGAUUAGAGUUUCAUCGUUAUACAGCAUUAUUGAACAGGAACCAAGAGGCAAUAAAAAAAUUCGGAAGUUUGCUACGAUUUUUUUGGAAAACAAGGUCGCCUUUCGUACUCCGAGAAGAGGAGGAGUAUAUAGGAGGAACUUCCAUACUGGGAAGUAUAACAUCUUUUUUUUUUGGUUGUUGAGGCUUUUGAAAGGAUGCCAUCGGCUACCAUGGUCGUAACAAUGCAUCGGAUAUUCUGCAUAUCAAUUCUGGUGUGUGGACUUUUUGGAGGAAGCUUUUAUGUCACAGCCCAAGAAUGCUCGUCGAUCCCUCUGAGUGACCCCACGCGAGUGGUGGCCACGCCCCCUCAGUACGGUUCCAACUACACUUUCUACGAACGGGUCUCUCUAUCUUGCAACGCCACGGGAGAAUACACUUUUACUGGAAACGACUACAGCUACUGUGAGGGCAAUAACCAGUGGAAUCCCGACCCAGCCACAGUCAUAUGCUAUGAAAGAUGUGCGGGUAGUCUCAUCCCAGACGAUGUGACCCAGGAAGACUUGGAAGGCAACGCAAAGACUUACUACGAGCACGGAGAAUACAUCUAUCUAUCUUGCUCUGCUAGUCAGACGCUGAUUGGCCCAAGUAGGAUCACGUGUCUAGAUGGCUCCAUCGGCGAUGAUGCGGUUUCGUGCGCAGGAGGAACGACUAUGGCUGUGUACACCACAUCACAGGCAACUACGAGCAGUGCGCCCUCAACGACUGCCCAACAGGACGAAACAACAUUGGCUUUUCAGACGAUCAUCAAUACCGUAAUGGGUUCCACCACAUCUCAUGACGACGGCCUCACGACCGGACAGCCUGAUGUAUCGACACAGGCACAAACCAAGCCAUUGACAUCCACGGAUUACAUCACAACAACCCCAGUCAUCACUGUGGAGUUUUCCACAGUGGUUCCAACCGAUGUCUCUGCAACCACUGUUCAGGAAUCCACAACAGGAGCCCCUCCCUUUACGGAACUGAGUACCACGAAUAUGGCAGAAGCGACUACGAUAUCCACAGACAUACAUUCAGCAAUGUCGACGCGUUUCAUGAGUACUGAUGUGUACGAACCAACGACCUUUCAAACAUUAUUUGCAACAGACACUCCGGGACGCACGAUAAAUACAGAUCCUGGUGUGACCGUCACUACAAGUGGAUCUACGGACGAAGUGACUUUGGCAAUUACAGACGAACCCGUAACAUUCUCAACGUCUUUACUGGCCACUGAUGCUGACGACGCAACGACGUUUCAAACAUUAUUUUCAACAAACACUCCGGGACGCACGAUAAGCACGGAUCCUGGUGUGACAGUCUCUACAAGAAGAUCUACGGACGAAGCGACUUUGGCAAUUACAGACGUAUCUGUAACAUUCUCAACGCCUGUACUGGCUACUGAUGCGGACAGCGCAACGACGUUUCAGACAGCAAUCAAAACGGAUACUCCAGAAAGUACCUCGGGCACUGAGUCUUCCGUAGCAACAGACGUCGCAACAGCCAGCGACGCAACUGCCAUCAACCCAGCCACCACGAUGCCGACAACUGAGCCCAUAACAACAGGAUUUACAGAUUUACCUCGGACGGAUGGCAACCUCGUAACCACAUCGGCCACUGAUGUUUCUGCAACUGAUGAUGAUGUGACGACAUCCCCCGUGAAAGGCACUGAAGUGGUGACAGCGAUAGUGACAGUCACAGAAGGGAUCACUGAAAUCGAUGGUUUUACUACUUCCCCCGUGGAAGCCACUGAAGAGGUGACAGCGGAGGUGACAGUCACAGAAGUGAUCACUGAAAUCGAUGGCUCUACUACUCCCCCCGUGGAAGCCACUGAAGAGGUGACAGCGGUAGUGACAGUCACAGAAGGGAUCACUGAAAUCGAUGGUUUUACUACUUCCCCCGUGGAAGCCACUGAAGCGGUGACAGCGGUAGUGACAGUCACAGAAGGGAUCACUGAAAUCGAUGGUUUUACUACUUCCCCCGUGGAAGCCACUGAAGAGGUGACAGCGGUAGUGACAGUCACAAAAGGGAUCACUGAAAUCGAUGGUUUUACUACUUCCCCCGUGGAAGCCACUGAAGAGGUGACAGCGGUAGUGACAGGCACAGAAGUGAUCACCGAAAUCGAUGGCUUUACUACCUCCCCCGUGGAAGCCACUGAAAUCGAUGGCCUUACUACCUCCCCCGUGGAAGCCACUGAAGUGGUGACAGCGGUAGUGACAGGCACAGAAGUGAUCACUGAUGUCGAUGGCGUUACUACUUCCCCCGUGGAAGCCACUGAAGUGGUGACAGCGGAAGUGACAGUCACAGAAGUGAUCACUGAAAUCGAUGGCUUUACUACUCCCCCCGUGGAAGCCACUGAAGUGGUGACAGCGGAAGUGACAGUCACAGAAGUGAUCACUGUAAUCGAUGACCUUACUACUUCCCCCGUGGAAGCCACUGAAGUGGUGACAGCGGAAGUUACAGUCACAGAAGUGGUCACUGAAAUUGAUGGCUUUACUACUAAUACUACUACACCAGGCGGCAGUGACAUGACAACAACCAUGAUGCCGCAAACUUGUGAGGGGUUCUGCGACCCGGACCGGGAGCGGUGUGUGACGGGAUCGGAAGGGCCAGAGUGCGAGUGUCUGCCGGGAUUCUAUAGAAUCACCGAGGAUAAGACAAAGACGAAUAUCCAGUGUACAGAGGCGAUACUAUUCGAGGUCGACGCACGGAUCACGGAAAUUGAUUGGCAAACUGUCGAGUUCAGCGAAGAUUUGAGAAAUAGUUCCAGUGCAAGAUUCAUCUAUUUGGACGAUCUCUUAUGCAAUGCGGUGGCGUCUGUUCAGGAUUCUACCUCGGACUUUCUCGUCUGUCAGGUGACGUCAUUCUCCGAUGGCAGCAUCGUCGCCGCGAUCGAACAGUACUUCGACGCACUGAGCAACGCCACGGAGAUCGAGGUAUACAAUGAGACGAUAGCGGCGUUUGUAGAGAACAACAUCACGGCUGACGUCACCCGAGUUGAAUUGGUAGUACCAUCGAUUCCCACAACCGUGUCUGCACCUACCACAACUCAAGUAAUAACAGCUGCAACAACAGAACAUCGAACAUCUGGCAGGACAACACAUACGUCUGGACCCAUUGCCUCUAGUGGAACAGCAGGGGCAACACGCGAGACCGAGUCUUCAACAACGCAGUUCGUUACGACGGCUAAACCAGCUAAAAAUACAGCCGAUACGACUCUCCUGGUGCUGUACAUCUUAAUUCCCGUCGUCGCUCUCCUCCUCCUCAUCGCAAUCGGUUUCAUCCUCUACCAGAACAAGAAAGUUUCGGCCCAAUACGGUGCUUACAACCCCGGAGGCAAGAAAUCAAAGGUCUCGAAGACAUCCAAGAAGGCCAAUGCUUCAAACAAGGACACAAACGGCCAUGUGAAUACUGCCUUCUACGAUGGAAUAGUGACCAGUGUAGACGAGUGCACCCAAACCUCGGGACCUCAGUCAUCGGGACACGAUCGUCCCGACAACGGCGUGGUCGUCACGGAGGACAUCGACCAUAUGGUGUAUCCUUACCCCUGGAACGAGCCCGGACGACUCGAGGGCGAUGAUGAUGUCAAUGCGAUCUACGCGAAGGUCGAUCGAAAAUCCGCCAAGGAAGUGACGCAUAAAAACCCACCGGUUAUUGUCGAGAUCGAACUGAAACCGGUUGUGGUCGAGGAACCGCAAAGCCCGCCGGUUGACUGGGCCGCGGUAGAUCCUGAAUUAGGCGCGGUUGAGAAAGAAACGUCAGUCACCGAAGCGGUUGAAAUUGAUUCAGAUCGUAAUUCACACGAUCAGGAUGCGGUAGACGAACAGGUGGACGAUAACGAAAACGGGGAACACGAAGUGAAUAACACGGGCUUGCAAACCGAGGUCGACGAGGAACCCGACUACAUAGUCAUAGAAGGUUUUGAGCUCAACGCAUCUUCUUCCAACGACGGGUCGACGUCGAAAGACGAUGGAUCACUCAACCUCGACGCCAUUAGUUUAGAGUUGAUGUCGACGAUGGAAAAUGAAAUGGACAAAAGACUUAAUAACAGGAGCACACCUUGUUGACCUUUGAACUGUGAUUCCCGGUAGGUCUUUCUGUUUCUUAGGUUUAAAAGCAUUAUUCGGAUCUAUAAAUCAUACAUAUCUAAAGACUUUUUAUUUAAAAAAACGAUCUAAUUCGUUUUUUUUUUCUUGAUAUAAUUUUCAUUUAUUCCUAUGAAUUAAACAUAUCAAAUGCAUUUGUAUCUGUUGUAUGUUUCUGAGAUGUUGGGACCCUAUGGAAAUCAGCUUUUGUUAUUAAAGGUUUUCCAUCCCAUGAGAGCAAAUGAUGAGUGAUUCAAUAAAUUAUGUCCAUUUGUACAAAUAUUUUAUAUUUUAAACAAUUUUAUUGAUGUCAACUUAGAAUAUUGAUGCAAAAUAAGCAAAAUGAUUCUACGGAACUACUCGUAAAUGUAUUAAAAAAUAAAAACAAUAUUCAUUAAUGUUAAAUAUUUUGCAAGCUAUACGUCACCAAAAUUGUUUAUUUCUACGUUUUUAUUUUCAUACUUUCUGUUGAUAAAAUGUUUGUUAUAAAGAUAUAUUUCAUGUUGUACAAUUAAACUAAAUAUAUUAUUUAUCAUUAAAUUGUAAAUGUUAAUACCGUUGUCACAGGUUUAAGAGCUAUUUAGCAUUUUAGACUAAACAUAUUUGUGUUAAUUUUUAUGUAAGUGUAAAGACCGUUUUUUGUAGAUAGGAUUAUUCUCCUUUUCCUCUGUAGGCCUAAAUGUAGGUUGCAUAUCUAACCAAUGUGUAUUACGAAAAAAAAGGAGGCAAAUACCCGAAAAUCACCUGUAAGAAUAUGAAUAUUUAUGUACGUUUCUUUUAACCGAUCAUUCUACAUUUGUAUUUUAAAAUUUUACAUUAUUUGAGCAAAAUCAUAUUGAACAUUGAGUUGGCAUGACGAAUAAAGGUUGUAAUGUUAUGUUAGUUUUUCCAGUUUCUCACGAAUGUGCUAUUAAAAAGUAAAUUGUGGAUAAUACUAA